CGCUUGAUUGCAUGUCUACUCAAAGAAGAAGAAGACGAAGACAGGCCGCGAUGUCGACAAUGCCCACAGACGACGCGAGCGAAGGGGCGACGAGCACAUCGUCGUGCACGAACCGCAAGGUAGCCGAGAGCAACGAUGGUGGUGACGUGGACUCGAACUUGCUGGAGAUGCUGGGCUUGAGCAUGAGCGAGCUGCAGCAGCUGUCGGCGCUCAGUGACGAGGGUCCCGGGGCACCCGCCAACAGCUUCGAGAGUACUGACAGUCACGCCGGCUCCAGCGAGGACACUGGUUCACCCGAAACGCGGAGAACCAGUUUCGGUUCUUCCGACAAGGCCGGAGACCAGCCGCAGCCAGCGCUGGUCAGAGGUGAACGCGCCAUCGCCGAGACUACCUCGGAAGGGGCCAAGGCUCGGCGGCCCUCGUUCGGUGCCUCGGUGGCGUCGCUGGCCUGCCCGGUCAUCCUGAUGAUCGCCUUCCUGGCGGCCGUCGCUUACGGGGUCUUCCUCUUCCGCCUGGACCACAUUCCAGCCCCCGAAAAGAAGAUGCGCGCACACCGGUCUUCCAACGGAACAGGCGCUGACCGCGGUUGACCUGCGUGUCACUUGUGCUGCGAGUCAACCGCGGCUGAACUGCGAGUCGACCAAUUAUGCUCGGACCCACGCCUUUAGUACAGCCGAUGAGCUUGGCCGUUGCUGAUCUUUCCUCUUCUAUAAUAUAUUGAUUUAUUCGCUUUUGAGAAGCGUGAUGUACGAUUUCCAAUGUCUCCGCU